AUGUCUAAAGAUAAGGAACUGGAAUGUUGCAAUUGGGGCGGCUUGCCGUUUACAGUAGAUGGCACGGAAGCGCGAUUUCGUAGAUAUCGAGACUACUCAAAAUUAGUAAUAAAAGAAAGUCAUCAGAAUAGACCUGUUUGGGUUUGUCCAGAUGGAUACCUUUAUCUCGAGCUAUUCACCCCUGUUAGUAAACAGGCUCUUGAUUUUUUAGUUACCAUCGCAGAACCAGUAUGUAGACCGGAAUUAAUACAUGAAUACCAAGUCACUGUGUUUUCUUUAUAUACAGCAAUAUCGGUUGGUCUAUCAUUUGAUGAACUUUUGAGCAAUUUAAACAAAUUUUCAAAGAAUAUAGUACCAGAAGAAUUAAAGGAAUCGAUAUUGUCGACGGCUUCUUCAUUUGGAAAAAUUAAAUUGGUACUAAAGGACAGUAAGUAUUGGAUUGAAUCGUUUGAGAGAAAGGAAUUAGAUUUACUACUCACGAAUCCCGAAAUACGAAGUGCAAGGAUCCACUCAAAUCCGUGGGAAGUUUCUAACAAAACUAUAGACGGUUCGGGUAUAACUAAUUCUGACUACCUGAAGAGUACUUUGCCUACCGCUGAUUUUUCAUCAUUUGGAUUUAAUUCUAAUGAAAUAUCUGACAAUGUUAUUGAAGAAAACAUUGCAGUUAUAGGGAGUACAAACUUUGAAAAUAAAGGGAAAAAGAAUGAUCGCAAUGAAGUAUUCUCGUUUGAGGUGCAACAGGAAAAGAUAGAAGAUAUAAAAAGAGAGGCCCUUCAAACUAUGCGCAAACCACUGGUUAUGGAAUAUGAUUUUAGAAAGGAUAAUAAUACACCUUCAUUAAACUGUUGUAUAAGAUCAAAUAUAAAAAUCAGAUAUUACCAGGAAAGGGCCCUCCGUCGCAUGUUUAGUAAUGGCCGUGCUCGUUCUGGUAUAAUAGUCUUACCUUGCGGUGCAGGAAAAACAUUGACUGGUAUAGUUGCAGCUUGUACAGUACGAAAAUCUAUAUUCGUUUUAACUACAUCUGCAGUUGCAGUAGAACAAUGGAUUAAACAAUUUUUGGAUUUCACAAAUAUUUCUGCAACACACCUGUUAUCUCUAACUUCAGAAAAUAAGGCAGAUUUGUGGAAUAUUGAUGAAUCAGGUGUAUUAGUAUCUACAUAUACCAUGAUGUCAUACACACGUAAACAUAGAGAAAAUACUGAGAGAAUUUUAAACCAGAUAAAAGAAAGGGAAUGGGGAUUAUUGAUUUUUGACGAAGUGCAAUUUGUUCCUGCACCAGCUUUCCGUAGAAUCAAUGAAAUUAUAAGAUCACACUGCAAAUUGGGACUAACUGCCACAUUGGUCAGAGAAGACGAUCUUAUCAAAGAUUUACAAUGGCUCAUUGGACCAAAGUUAUAUGAGGCCAAUUGGUUGGAAUUGCAAGAGAAAGGUUUCCUAGCAAAGGUUAUAUGUCAGGAAAUCUGGUGUCCAAUGACUGCAGCAUUCUAUAGAGAAUAUUUGCGCAGUGACAGCGCCAAAAAAAGAAGACUAUGGUCAUGUAAUCCAAUAAAACUUCUGACAUGCGAAUAUCUUUUAAAAUACCACGAAGCUAAGGGUGAUAAGGUUAUAGUCUUUUCAGAUAACCUUUUUGCUCUCCUACAUGUUGCAAGAACAUUAAAUCGCCCUUUCAUUUAUGGUAAAGUCAGUUCUGCUGAAAGGAUUAUUAUUCUCAAUAAAUUUAAGAAUGAAACUACAUUUAAUAGUAUAUUUUUAUCAAAGGUCGGAGACAAUGCACUAGAUAUACCAUGUGCAAAUGUUGUCAUUCAAAUAUCAUUCAAUUUUGCAUCCAGACGUCAAGAGGCACAGAGGUUGGGAAGGAUUUUGAGGCCAAAAAGCAAAACUGACGAACACGGUUUCAAUGCUUUUUUUUACAGUCUUGUUAGUAAAGACACACAAGAAAUGAUUUUUGCUGAUAAAAGGCAACAAUUUAUCAUUGAUCAGGGAUAUGCAUACAAUGUGUCAAGUUCUACAAACGUUGUAAAAGAUACUAGAAAUUUGGUAUAUGCGAAUCCUAAAAUGCAACAAGAUUUAUUACAAGAAAUUAUCGCAUCCAGCGAUGAUGUUGAUAAUGAUGAAGAAAUUAACCAAAGUGAUCCAAUAAUUACUACACAGGAUGACGAUGAUAAAAAGGCAGCGCAACUGGUAUUGCAAAAGAGGACAGCAUUAUCUUCACUUUCCGGGUCUCUAAAAAAGCAGAUUGUACGUAAACAAAUGCCUGGACCAGCUGAAACACCUAGGAAGAAGCAAAAGAAUCAACCGGAACAACACCCAUUUUUCAAGAAGUUUUUCUCAUCCAAGUAA